ACAAUUUUUGAUUAAAAUUGUACAAAUUAACACGUACGCGUAAAGAUGUAUUGUAUAACAAUUACAACAAUCGAAUAAUAUCAUCUGAUACCUUUCUACUUUGCCAAAAAAUAAAAAUGUCUGAGGGAAGAUUUCCAUCUUAUCAUCAUUUACCUCCAGCGGCCCCAGCUCCGCAAAGACAUCAUUUGGCAACUGCUGCAACACCUUCUGUUCCUCAUCCACUUACAUUCCACCCUCCUGCAAUUUCUCAUCAGCUAUCUUCGUGGUUUACUAAACAAGAUAUGGCUGCUUACAGAAAUACACCAUAUGCUUCUUUACACAAUGUUGCAUUACAGAUGCACAAACCCCAACAUACUCCUGUAAUUGAUAGGUGGAUGGAUUCAAGAAAUAAUAUGCCACCACCAUCUAGACCUGGUCCACCAUCUCCUAGUCCAGCUCAUUCCUCUAAUGUAUCGCCUAGUUUCUCAUUAUCUCGAGCUGUUGAUUUUGAUCUUAAUAAUCAUAAAAAAGAAAAAGAAUCUGAGCAAAUGUCUAUUGACUUGUCUUCAAAUAAUAAAAAAUAUGAAAGCUUUUCUUAUAAACGAGCAAAAGAUCAAGUAAAUGGUCAAAUAAAUUCAAUUAAAAUAGAAACCACUGAAGAGAAGGCUAUUAGUGUUAUAGCUCAAAACCCUCAUAAAGUUAUUAAGUCUGAAGUCAGAUGUGAUAUCCCAGAUAGUAUAAGUAUUCAAAAUGUAAAAACUGUAAAUACUGAAGGUUAUGAAAACAAAUGUAGUAAACAAGAUAAUAAGAUUGCGCGUGAUGUAGUUGAUAAGCCUAUUAAAAUUGAAAUUGAAGAUACAAAUAAUGUUGAAAAAAUGUUGGAAAACAUGUUUCAAACAAAUGAGUCUGAAAAACAAUCCGUUAUUAAAAUCGUGAAACCAAUAAAAUCACCAUCGCCAUCAAUGAUGAGGGCAGAAUCUGUAGAAAAAAUACUUAAAUCACCUUCUCCUAUACCUAGAAUAGAGCAUGAUAAAUCUGAGGAUUCUGCACCAUCAGAAAAUUCUUCAAAAAAAAUUCAUGAUACACAUUCUCAAUUCCUUGAAGUAGAAAACAAAUUAGAAGAAUUAUUUGGUGGAGUCAUUACACCAACUAAUACAUCUAAUCAACAAACAACGACUGAAAAUAAAUCAAAACCAAUAAUUUCUACAAAAAGGCCCUAUAAUAAAAAUAAAAGACAAUUAAAAAAAGUUAAAAAAAUUCUACCCGUUGCUGAAAAAUUGAAACCAGUGGUUGAACCACCUAUUAAAAAAUAUAAAGGUCCUUUGAUAAGAAUCAAUGGGGGUAAUAUAGAAAAUCCAACAAGUUUUGUUAUAAUUAAUCGAAGUGUUCAAGACGAUGAAGAUUCAUUAGAUGGUCGAAAUAUUAAUCGAAAGACUUAUUCAUAUAAAUCUGGCGAUUGUAAUGGUGAAGAAAAACCUGAUGUGAACAAUUUAGAAAGUAGUGAUUGGAAAUGUGUAUUCUGUUCGAGAGGACCUGAUGUAAAAAACAUUGGCCAUGAUUCUAGUGGAGAUCUUUUUGGCCCUUAUUAUGUCAGUAUACCAAAGGUUGUAAAUUCAAAUGAUAACCUUAAACGAAAGAAAUCUAAACAUAAUUUAAAUGAUAAUGAUGCUUCAGAAACAUAUAUUGAGGUAUGGACUCAUGAAAAUUGUUUAGUUUGGGCAUCUGGUGUUUAUAUGGUUGGGGAUAAAAUUAUUGGGUUGGAAGAUAGUGUGAGAGUUGCAAAAAAUACUAUCUGUAGUUAUUGUGGUAUUAAUGGUGCUAGUAUUGGAUGUACAGCACGUCACUGCACAUCAAGUACACAUUAUAAUUGUGCUAUACAUGUUGGUUGGCUUCUAGAUAGCCAGAAUCACAUGACUACAUGUAAUGUUCAUAGGAAUUCUUUCCUUGGAAAUAGUUGUCAUUAAUGAAGCUUUUUUGCUUCAUUAUAUUAAAAAUAAUAGGCUUUUUAAGUUUUUUUAUUAUUGUGUAUAAUAUUGUAUUAUGGUUAGAACAUCAUCAGCCUUGUUAUGAACUUACAAGAAUUGGCCAUUAAGUAUUUUCUUAUUCAUAUUUUGUCUUUUAUAAAGUAAAGAAGAUAUGAACUAAUGAAAUCAUUGCAGUACACAACAAGAAAGUUUAUUAAAUUAAAAAAUAUUCAAAUAUGCCUGUUAUUUUAGAGCUAAAAAAAGCAAAAUUGCUCUAUCAUAGUCCAUAUAGUUUGUCAAAUUUUGGUACAUAAACUAUAUAAAUACAUGAACAAAAUAAAUCUUGUCCGUGAAUAUAUUUUAUUCAAGUUUUGUAUGAA